GUACAAUUGAAAAUCUCAAUAGAGAAACAACUCCAUUUAACUCUCUCCUUCGAUGUUUUGUGCAAGUUUUUUUCUCUCAAUGAUGAUUCAAUUUCUCAUGUCUCUGUACCCAACAUUUAUUGCAAAAGCCAGCCUAAAACUCGCUGAAUAAUCGUUCUUGCAAGCCCACAACAAUAAUUAUCACUUUCGAUUUCCUAGAAGAUAAUAAAUGCCAAAUUUUAGCAUUUAUAGCCUCUCUCUGUCUCUCUCUCUCUCUGUGUAAGCUUUUUGGGUGAAGGGUUUCCUUGGAAUGUUGGUGUUUUGUGGUAGUGGUGGUGGACUAUAAUAGUGGGGGUCUCUAAAGUUUUGGGGUGGUGGUGGUGGUUUUUUUUUUUUUGGUUCGGGUUCUUUCGUUGUGUUUGUUUGUGAACAAUAGAAUUGAGGUAUGGGGAGAACACCCUGUUGUGACAAAAGGGGUUUGAAGAAGGGGCCAUGGACUCCUGAGGAGGAUGAGAUUCUUGCUGAUUAUAUCAAGAAAAAUGGUGGGCAUGGGAGCUGGAGGUCUCUCCCUAAGCUUGCAGGUCUUCUUCGCUGUGGAAAGAGUUGCCGGCUUAGGUGGACAAACUAUCUUCGGCCAGACAUUAAGCGUGGUCCAUUUGCUGUAGAGGAAGAGAAGCUUGUUAUACAGCUUCACGGCAUCCUCGGAAACCGGUGGGCUGCUAUUGCCUCUCAACUACCAGGGAGAACAGACAAUGAGAUCAAAAAUUUGUGGAACACCCACCUGAAGAAGCGCCUCAUUUGCAUGGGUCUCGACCCUCAAACACAUGAGCCCUUUACCUCUUGCAGUACAACUAUAAAAGCACCUGCAUCCCCUACCACUCGCCACAUGGCCCAAUGGGAGAGUGCUAGGCUUGAAGCCGAGGCUCGGCUUUCAAGGGAGUCAUCACUCUUCAAUCCAAUUCCCUCGGGAAGAACUGAUUCGGACUAUUAUCUUCGCAUAUGGAACUCGGAAGUUGGAGAAUCAUUUCGAAAGUUCAAUAUGGCGGAUAAAACUGCGUGCCAGAGCCCAGUUUCUCAGGCAUCUUCAUCAACUAAAUGUGGAUCACUUUCAGCUUUCUCAACAGAGAUUGGCCCCUUUUUUGCAGGGUCCUCAACUGCUGGAAGCAAUCAAAAUGAAGAUAUUGAGUGCAAGAGUUGCAAAUCAUACACUGAAGACAUUAUGGCUGUCUCUGAUUCCUCAAGCUCCGAAGAUUUAGAGGAUUCAUCGGAUACUGCAUUGCAGCUGCUGUUGGAUUUCCCCAUUAACAAUGACAUGAGCUUUUUGGAGGAAGACAUAGAUAAGUAUGCCAUGCCGUCUGCCAUGUUGACAGAAAACUCCUUCAUCUGCCACCUCUGAAGCAUGCCUCAAAUGCUUGCUAUGUAUUUUGAAGCCUCUGCUGCAUGAAGUUUGUGCUUCUUCUUCUUCUUUUUUUGGGUAUUUUAGUUUGUGAAGGAAUUGAGAGAGCAAAGAGUGAGGCUAAGUCCAAGUGUACUAGUCAGCUUUUUGGCCGAGUGCAGUUAGAAAUGGUGCUUUACUACGUUUUGUUUAUUAGAAGUAUAUAUAGGAGAUACAUAUUCCUCUCUUCAUUCAAGCUUCAGUGGUAGAUAGGCAGACUAGCUCUUUCCUGUACUUAAGUAGUGCCGGUGAUGGUGAUAUAUCGUGUGGAGGCUAAUAUUAAAAUAUGAACUGCUUAUUUUUCUUAUUUUUAUUCCAGCUAUGCAGCUGUUCCACUA